CCCUAUGUCGCCCACUAGAACAUAUUAUGUAUUAUAAUCAAGAUUAACAUCACAGCUUCAAUGUAAAAAUACAGCUACAUGCUCCAAUGAAAUUCUGCAAUGUAGAAAACAACGGAGUAUGAACAUAGUAAUUACUUCAGUCAGAUAUGCCUGUCAAAUUAUGAUAAUUACAAUGAUUUUGCAGGGCAUUUGGAAACUGUCUUUAGUGGGAGCCUAUCUCGUGCCACCGACUUCAUGAUUACAGUUCGCCGGGGUACACCUUUGUCCGCGACGUAAUCACGAGGAUAAAAACGCGGAAAUGAAAGCCAGUUGCUCACAGUACCUGUCUCGCACGUGUGUGAGACGGUCCUUAAAACCAAGUGUCAACAGCUUUGUAUUCUCAUCGAAUUUUAAUUGUAGAGAAUGCUUUCAGGUUUAAAAGGAUUGGGCUAGGAUCCAAUAAAUGUGUCCAGUCUUAUUUUGGGUCCUAGGACUGAGUAACUUCAUAAAUGGCUUCAUAUCCUUGGUUUAAGUUAAAAUCGGCCUCAGUUAAAGUAUGUUAAUCAAGAUGAAGGGCAGGAAAAUCUUUUUCCUAAGCAGCUUUGUCCUGAUGUUAGAUUUAUGUCAAGGUGGACCAGCAGAUCAAUGUAGAAAUAACAUAAGGGUGGCUCUAGCAAAGGCGAAUGAAUUCAUACAAAGACAUAUCGACAGUGAAAGACACGGGGGAGUCUCAGGAGCAGGAUCGGAACACGCCUUUGAUAUCGUGGGGUCAACAAUAAAAGCCGGGAAUCUGCAAACAAAACUCUUAGAUUUACAAGGAUUGUUGCAGACUGAAGUAUACAGAGACUGCUUUGAAAAGUUUGGUCUCUCCAAAGGAGAAACAGUAGAAAAUGUAGACCUUGAUUUUGACAGCCAGUCAGUUGGAAUUCAGGCAAUACCCGAUUUCGAGGUUGCAGGUAGCGUGGGUCUAGGUCGCUCACAAGUUACUCAGAGUUGUUCCAGUAACAAAACUUGCGAUGCCAAUUCAAAAUACAGAACCAUUACUGGAGAGUGUAAUAAUCUGCAGCAUCCAACGUGGGGAGAGUCUUUUACACCCUUAUUACGCCUUAUCAGUGCGGACUACGGAGAUGGAGUUGGAACCCUGCGCCGCGCGAAGUCUGGCGCUGACCUUCCCAAUACCAGAACCGUGUCCCAUGUCCUGCACAAACCCGUCAGCGACGCCGAUGAGUUUGCCACUUUGGCGGUGAUGACCUUUGGCCAAUUUCUUGACCACGACCUUGACCUGACGCCGAUCACAAAGUUGAUACGUGAUGGUAACAAAACAGCCAAGGUGGUUUGUGGUGCUGACAACUGUGCCACGGGGGACGGAGACCUGGCGGCCUGCUCCCCAGUGAAGGUUUUACCCGGGGAUCCCGUAGCCGGGGCCAAGUCCUGCUUCAAAUUUGUGAGAAGUUCCACAAUAGCGUUAGAAGAAUGUCGAGUAGGCCCAAGAGAACAACCCAAUGUCAUCACGGCCUACUUAGACCUGUCACUGGUGUAUGGAAAUAAGGAGGAAGAAGCCCAGUCUUUGAGAGAUGAAGAUGCUAGCCGUGGCAAAUUAAAAAUGUUGACUCACCCUUUUAAUCCAUCAUUAAAACCGUUGCUGCCAACUCGAGACUUCGAUAUGUGCAAGAAUGCCAAUGACAUUGUCAAGUGCUUCAAAACAGGCGAUCCCAGAGUGAAUGAACACGUGGGGUUGAUGUCACACCACACUUUGUGGGCGCGUGAACACAAUCGUAUUGAGGAGGAGCUUCACAAACACAAUCCGCACUGGGACGGGGAGAGACUGUACCAAGAGGCCAGAAAAAUUAACUGGGCUCAGUUCCAAUAUAUCGUCUACAACGAAUACCUUCCUGUUAUCCUUGGGAAAAGCACAAUGCGAAAAUAUAACUUGAAUUUAUUGAAUACUGGGUUCUUCAGUGGUUAUAACCCACAGUCUGAUGCGCGCAUCAGCAAUGUAUUUUCCACGUCAGCAUUUCGCUUUGGCCACAGUCAGAUACCGGACACACAUAGGAGAACAUCUGUGGACCACAGAAUAAUUGGAGACCAUAAGUUUUCUACGCUAUUUAAUGAUCCCACGCUCAUGUAUGCCGGUAACGAUGGCGGGGUUGACGCAAUUGUCCUGGGCGCGAUUGACCAAAAAACGGAGCAUACUGACCAUCACAUGUCCCCAGAAGUGGGUAUUCAUCUGUUUGCAGAGACCCCUAGUGGCAUCGGCACCGACCUGUCCAUGUUGAACAUACAGCGUGGCCGUGACCACGGUAUUCCAGGUUAUAACUACUGGCGUGAGUAUUGUGGAGGUAACAGGGCAACAACAUUCGCAGAGUUUGGUCGGGGGCCGCGCGAAUUCCGACUGUCUGCCAGUGUCAUAGCACAGUUGCAAUCACUUUAUGAACAUCCAGACGACGUUGAUUCUUGGUCAGGUGGCUUACUGGAAACUCGACUACCCGGAGCCAAAGUAGGACCCACAUUUGCUUGUCUGAUUGGAGAACAGUUUCAACGCCUAAGAACAGGCGACCGGUUUUGGUUUGAAAAUGACCAUGCCCACGGGUUUACAAGAGAUCAACUAAACUGCAUUCGCUUAACAUCAAUGGCCCGUAUUAUAUGUGAUAACUUGGAUAAUGUAAGAACCGUGCAACCAAAAGUUUUCCUGAGAGCGUUUAAUGAUAUUUUGAGAACACAUUAUCAAGACGUAUUUCAGCUAUUAGAAUUAUAUGAAGGGGGCGACAACCAUCGCGUAACAUGUAGUAUGAUUCCUUCCUUGAAUUUUGAAUACUGGAGAUAUAACAGCGCUCCCGGAAAAACUGAUGAACCCAUGGGUCCUUCGCAAUAUAAUCCUUUUAUGUCGAACUUUGAAACCCCGUUUAACCAGUGGCUGCGUCGCUUCAGCGGACAGUUAAGAUUUUAUGCUUGAAAUGGGAGAUAAAGAAGACAAAGUGUUUUAAAGAAGGCGCGCGCGUGCUUGUUAGGGGUCGGGGUAGGAGACAGGAAGAUACAUAAGCAAUAAAACAAGAAGUAAGGCUUUGCUUUUAAGCCCCAUACUUUGCUGUUUAUUUUGCGGUGUGUUUCAACUUUGCAUUGUCGCAUAUAUGUGUUUACAUCCUAUUUUACAGAAACACCAAUGUUUUAUCGUUGACUUUCAUUUUGCAGUGUAAAGUUAAUGGGACUGAAGAAAAUGCAUUUUAUCACUAAUCAUUCUGUAUUAUUUAGUUCUUUUUUCAUAUUGUUGCGAUGCUGUUUUUAAUUUAUUUACUGGAUUUUAACAUAUUUUUAUUAUCAUAUUAUAUAUCAUUGUAUUUCCAUCGUUUUAUAAGUCUGUAGUAUUAAUCGAAAAAGAUUGAAUAAAGAUGAUUAUUAAUCAUAUGAGCAAGGCAAAAAACGUGGGUCUUUGGGGUAUAGUUAUCCCAUUGGCGCAAAUGAUUUCAAUGUUAAUGUUUUAUUUCGUUGCUUUAGGUUUAAUCAUUUUAAUUAAAAGACCCCUGAUUACC